ACACACCUCCACUAAAUGACCUUGAUCCCUGACCCUCCUACCGCAGCCCCUCACUUCGACCUCCUGCUGUUUGUGUACCCACAGUCACUCCUAGACUCAGGGUUUCCACUAGGCAACAACAAAGCGUGGCAGGGCGUCAGCGUGGAGGUGGCCAGUCAUGCAGGAGCGUGGAAGCAACAGGGAGAGAGAUCUACAAAUAAGGUAGGCGGGUGGUCAAGACUUCCAGUACGCCGACAGACAGAGGCGAAAGAGGAGGUGGUGCGGUUGGUUCCUGGCGCCACCAUGGGCCACGUGGGAAUGCUGCUUGCCCUGGUGGCGGUGGCGGUGGCAACAGUGGCUGGGAUAGCAGAAGAAGCGCAUAAACAGCCUUCGGAGACCCACAAUGCACCCACGCAAACACAAAACAACGAGCAUACAGACCAAGGACAUGACCUAUCCAUGGACUUGCAACAGGCCCCCAUACCUGCAUCAGCGCCUGCUCAUGCGACUCGCGAGGCACCUGACAGGCAGCAACACACUCGGCAACAGCUGACGGAGCAGAGGGAGAAGGGAGAGGAAGGGCUGAUGACGGAGAAAUAUCGACACAAACAACAGCUGACGGGAGUGAAGCAGAAACAGGAGCAGGUGGCGAGGCAGAGGCACAUGCGGUGGAGGGAGGGACGGAGCAAAGAAUUAACAGAGAAGGUGGAAGAGAAAACACUGAUCGUCUCGGAGAAUCAAGACGGGCUGGCUGUCGGUAACGUGACCAUGCUCGUGCUGGGGUUGUUUGCUUUGGCAGUCGGGGCCGUCGCCUUGGCCUUCGAAUUCCUGCCAGGGACACCUAAUAUAAGCCGCGUCGGUUACGAGUACACAGCUCACGGCGUCCGCGUUCCGAGCUUCGAGGAGGUGGCGGCGGUGGUGGCCGUGGUGGACCGAAAAGCGGAGGAGUACGAGCGCUACUAGCAAUAUGGAGAGAGAGAGAGAGAGAGAGAGAGAGAGAGAGAGAGAGAGAGAGAGAGAGAGAGAGAGAGAGAGAGAGAAUGAUGGUGUACUCGUAAAGAUAUCACCACUGUCACUCUCCUCCUCCUCCUGCUCCUCCUCCUCCACAUAUUUCAUACCUCCACUCAUCCACUGAAGUCCCAUCGCAUGACCAAAUAAAGCAGUAAACGGACCAUUGAUGUAAAAAGGGAAAGAAGUGUAACGCAACUGUACAUAAAACUAUUUGCUGUUGAAUUUCUGGGAAGUGGGACCAAGAAUAGAGGUUAGCGGUGUAGUGUGCCGGUGAGAGGGAGCCUGGGUGAGGAAACGGAGGAGGGACUUUACUAUGUGUGAGAGAGUAAGAAAUGGUUGGUCGUGGGUUUAAGGCACGUAUUCAGAAACAUCUAGCAGCACCUCCAUUGCUUUCAGUUCUGGUUUAAGUUCCGCGGGUCUUUAGUUUAUUUAUUUUUUUGGUUGUAGUGAUAGAUUUACUGCAUUUCUACGUUACUAACAGGAGAAACACUCUUGACAAUCAGGCUAAUCAUCUCUGUGGCCUGUGAAAUUAAUCGUUGUGUGAGAAAGCUAAGCGUUUCUGGAUACGGGCGUAAGUUUGAAAGACGGGUGAUAUAUAGAGAGGGAAUGUUUUCUAUGGGAGGUAUAGCAUGGUGAAUGGGUUGGUUAUUGAGUGAUGUACAACACGUGUUUUCGAUACAUCACGGUGGUUCAUUACUACUACCUUACGAGUCACUUCAGUAUCAGGAAGGUCAACAUCGGUAAACUCUGACGAUGAACGAUGGAAAUGAGUUACUUGUGAGGGAGGGAUGGUAGAAAUGAGUUAGUUGUUACUGGUUACUUAUGAGUUGGAAAAUUAAAUGCUUUCAAGGCGGGAAUGGAAAAGUGAGAUACUUAUGAAGGAGCAUGCCAAAAAUGAGUUACCGACCAUUCAGAACACGAGGAAACACUAUGGGCAAAGUAAUUAUUAUGAUGAAGGAUGGUAAAUUUCAGAAACUCAUGAGAAAGAAGGACACGAAUAAUCAGUCAAUAAGGGAGACGGAUAACUUGACCCUCUUUUGCGGAAGGAAGACAAGACGUAUUAAUAAUAGGGAAGAAAGAGAGACUAUUAAUUAUUUCAAAGGAAGGAUAAGAUAAAUUAGCUAUUUUCAGGAACGACAAGAGAAAUUAUUGUUACUUAUCAAGAAGGAGAGACACUAAGCAUUUUUCUUGGACAACUGGAUGUAAUGGGAGAAUCUAAUUAUUUUCAAAAGGAAAAGGAGAAAAAUUGGACGACCUAUACAGAAGACAGAAACUGGUCACUUGUAAACCUUUCUGUAUCACGGCACAGGUUUAAUCUUAUUCUGUGUACUACCAUUACAAGACCGUAUUAAGAUGAUAUACUUUGUGAUAAUGAUAUAAAAAUUAAUCUCAUAGUUAAUAAUUCCUCCUGCACUGCUGUAUUAUGUAUAAUUUCCAUCUAUUUUCUUUUCGGUUUUGUUAACUGUUGAUUUUGUGAAGCAUGGAAAGUCUAUAGUACUACAAUUGUUAAGGGGAGAAGAAAUUAAAAUGGACAACCUAGACCAGAAGAAAAUGGCAAAGGAUAACUUUUGGAGGAGAGAGACAAGACAAAGGUAACGGCUAACUCCUGAAUUAACGAUGAGGAUGAAAUGGGUCACUUACAGGAGGCAACACCACAAACUAGGUUACUUUUCAUGGAAGCAAAAGGUCAUUUUUAGACUACGAGGGAUUGCAGUGACUUUUUCGGAGAGGUGUCUCUUUCUACGGGGAAGAGAAAUGGGCUAAUUUUAUGAGAAGAAAAGUUUUCAUGAGUUACUAGAGAGAGAGAGAGAGAGAGAGAGAGAGAGAG